UAGGAGGGACACUCCAGGACAGCACACAGAAUCCACCUGCCUAACAUAUACACACCUGCUCAGUGCCUAACCACCAGGCGGCACCAGUGCACGCUGUUAGAAUGGGAGAAAUGAACCCAUUCUAACUGCUGAGUGUGGGACAGGACAGUCACUCUGGGUCAUUGCUAGGAGGAAUGUGCAGGGGUUCCAGCACUUGGAGCACACCACAAAGAUAACACUCACCUUCCAUGUGAACACACACCAGACAUGCACACUUCCCCAGCGAUUCGGAAGCGCAGUCUCCUCUCUCUCUUUUCUAGACAGCAAGCUUUAUUCCAGGUCCUUUUGACUUACUCCUACUAUGACCCCGAGGUGGGCUAUCGCAAGGGCCUAAGCCAUCUAGCGGCAAUGCUACUUAUGUGGAUGGGCGAAGAAGAUGCCUUCUGGGCCCUAGUACAAUUAAUGGAAGAUAAAAAAUAUGGGUUGAGAGAUGUCUACAAGCCCGGGUCAGGGACACUGGAAGACCUGCAGAAGCGUCUGCAACAUGUCAUACACCAGGCACUCCCUGCUCUUGAAAAACACCUGGAGGAGCAAAGCAUAUGCCUUGGGAGCAUCACCAAGCACUGGUUUACACAAUGUUUUCUGGAGAUUGUGCCAUUUUCACUGGCGAUUAGAUUGUGGGACUUAUUCCUACUGGAGGGGCAGCAGAUGCUCACCACAAUGGCCUAUACAACACUGAAGGUGCAUCAGAGUAAGUUCUCAGGGACUGAAGAGGCCAGGGCAUUGGGGGUAGAGGAGCCAGGAUCCCUUGCUGAAGCUCAGUGA